AUUGCCAUUUACUCUGAACUGAAGGCAGGGUUGGAGUAUUAUCCCCUCCAACCUUCUAUUAACCUUAAUAGUGCUUUCUAAUGUGUAUGUUUUUCAUUGAAUUGAAAUUCCCUUUUUGAAAAGAAAUGGUUUGACUGGUAAAAAAUACAUGAAAGUGAAACAUUUGAUUGUAUUUAAUAUGAAGCAUGUCAGUGCCCUGUACCUGUGUGUGUGUUUCUAGUUUAUAUUUGCUUUUCCUCACCUUCAUUGUCAUACACCUGGCUCUGGCCCCCAUGUUGGUAAAUCCCAAACUAAUGGAGUGCUCUCAAGGUGGCCGGGGAGGCAAAACAAAACUGAAACCAGGGUUACAAAGUUCAGUUGUAUUUCACUCUUUACACUGGACACACAAUUGCUUAAAGUCGUGGUUCACCUUUCAAUAAACUUUUUGUUUGUUAUAGAAUGGCCAAUUCUAAGCAACUGUUCAGUUGGUAGAGCUGGGCGGUAUGACCAAAAAUUUAUAUCACGGUAUUUUUCAAAAUUAUAUCGAUGUCACGGUAUUUGACGGUAUUUUUUUUUUCCAUGCAUGAUUAGGUGUUAACCCCAUUUCCUAAUUAGUAUUGAAAAUCAGAGUCAGGCAAGCGAAGGAUCGGCAACAGAAAGUCGUAAGGUAAAUCAGGCAGGCUUAGUUUCCCAGGCAAGGCCGCAGACAACAUAGCACAGGAGGAGGCGUUUGAUAGCUUUAAAUACCCCCCACGCAUGCGCAGAACUGGCGCCAUCAGCGUGUCGCACCUGGACACACGUGCGCAACGUCCCGCGGACAACGGGUCGCGCUCACGCAAGGAGGCGCGGGAGACUGGGCCGCACGAAAAAAUGUCACGCCCAAAUAGCACUUCACCAAGGCCCAAUGUUGUUAAAAAGCCAAGUCCUGCUAACCCAGGUCGCUCUAAGGGUCUUAAAGAUAUCCGUAUAGAUGAAGAAGUAAAAAUAGCUGUCAACAUUGCACUGGAGAAGUUUCGUUAUAGUGAUCAAAAAGAAAUGGAAUUUCCUUCAUCGUUGACAAGUACUGAGAGAGCAUUUAUUCAUCGACUGGCACAGUCACUGGGACUUGUGUCUAAAAGCAAAGGGAAAGGUCCAAAUCGGUGCCUGACAUUGAAAAAAAAGAAUGGAUCAGAAGCUUCAAGCUCGCUGAUGUCCUGCACUCUGACCCAAAAUACAAAGAAAGCAGUAUGUAACCUCAUCCAGAGAUUUCCUCUCACAAAUAAGGAAAGGACAGAGUUGCUUCCCAAAACAGAGAGGGGAAAUGUGUAUGCUAUUGAGGCUGAGAAUCGUGAAAUAGGCAAGACCAGUGGAUGUUUAAAUGGUGGCAUUCCUCAGGUACCAGAUAAGAGAGGAGAAUCAAAAUAUGAUUUCUUCAGGCAAUCUUUACCAGUCUUUGAAAAACAAGAGGACAUCAUUAGAAUUAUUAAGAACAACAAAGUUGUUUUGAUUGUGGGAGAAACCGGAUCAGGGAAGACAACUCAGAUACCUCAGUUUAUUCUUGAUAAUUGCCAAAAAAAUGGAUUACCGUGUCGCAUAUUUUGCACCCAGCCAAGGCGACUGGCAGCAAUAUCUGUUGCUGAAAGAGUCGCAGCAGAGAGAGGGGAGAUAAUUGGCCAGUGUGUUGGUUACCAGAUCCGACUUGAAAGCCGAGUUUCACCCAAGACUCUACUUACCUUUUGUACUAAUGGAGUUCUACUUCGCACCCUGAUGGGAGGAGACAGCACUCUAUCUGCUAUAACUCACAUUAUCGUGGAUGAAGUUCAUGAACGUGAUCGAUUUAGUGACUUCCUGCUGACCAAACUUAGAGACGCAAUACAGGAGCACCCUACUUUGAAGCUGAUCCUUUCAAGUGCAGCCUUGGAUGUUAACUUGUUCAUAAGAUAUUUUGGAGGUUGCCCUGUUAUAUAUAUACAAGGAAGACCUUUUGAAGUAAAAGAGAUGUUUUUAGAAGAUAUACUGAGGAGUACUGGGUACAGAAAUAAGGGAAUGCUUAAAUAUAACAAAGAAAAACAGUGCGAGGAGAAGCAAAAGACAACAUUAACUGAAUGGUAUUCUGCAAAACAAAAGAACAUGAAGCCAGAAACUCAACGGCAGAGGAGUGUCCCAGCAAUUAAAGAAGAAUAUGACAUAUUAGAUGAUGGGGGUGACACUGCCUUUGGUCAGAUGACUGAAAAAGAUGCCAACUGUCUUGAGCCGUGGUUGAUAAAGGAAAUUGAUGCUUGUCUCUCUGAUAUUUGGCUCUAUCGAGAUAAGGACGCUUUUGCUCAGCUCUUCCAUUUGAUAUCAACAGAAAAUGUCAGUGUUGACUACAGACACAGUGAAACUAGUGCUACCCCAUUAAUGGUAGCAGCCGGACAAGGGUUUUUAAGUCAUGUAGAGCAGCUAAUUAGCAUGGGGGCCAAUAUCCAGAGCAAAGCAUCAAAUGGAUGGAUGGCUUUGGAUUGGGCUAAACACUUUGGCCAGACUGAGGUUGUGGACCUGUUGGAGUCGUACAGUGCUUCUUUGGAGACUGAGGAUCUGGAUGAGAAUACCCUGGUUCAAUCUGAUGGCAAUGAUUUGAGCAUUGAGGACAGAGAACUCUUAAAAGCUUACCAUCACAGUUUUGAUGAUGAAAAAGUAGAUCUUGAUCUUAUUAUGCACGUUCUUUUUAACAUCUGUCAAAUAACCGAUACAGGGGCUAUACUAAUCUUUCUUCCUGGCUAUGAUGAAAUAGUAGGGCUGAGAGAUCGAAUCUUGCUCGAUGACAAAAGAUUUGCUGAUAAUGCUCAAAGGUACCACGUAUUUAUGUUGCAUUCAAACAUGCAGACAUCAGACCAGAAGAAAGUGCUAAAGCUUCCACCAGCUGGCAUCAGAAAAAUUAUACUUUCUACUAAUAUUGCCGAAACCAGCAUCACAGUUAAUGAUGUUGUUUUUGUGAUUGACUCUGGUAAAGUUAAAGAGAAAUCCUUUGAUGCUCUGAACAACGUAACCAUGCUUAAAAUGGUGUGGAUUUCCAAAGCCAGUGCAAUUCAAAGGAAAGGAAGGGCUGGUCGCUGUAGGCCUGGAAUCUGUUUCCGUUUAUUUAGCAAGCUUCGUUUUCAAAAUAUGUUGGAAUUUCAGACUCCUGAACUACUGAGGAUACCUCUGCAUGAGCUCUGCCUACACACCAAAUUGCUAGUGCCAAUUAACUGUCCUGUUGCAGAUUUUCUAAUGAAAGCUCCAGAGCCGCCACCAGCUCUAAUAGUCCGUAAUGCUGUACAGAUGCUGAAGACUAUAGAUGCCAUGGAUAAUUGGGAAGAUCUGACAGAAAUUGGUCAUCAUUUGGCAGACCUGCCAGUAGAGCCCCACCUUGGGAAAAUGGUGCUUUGUGCAGUAAUUUUAAAGUGCCUAGAUCCAAUUUUGACCAUAGCCUGUACUUUGGCCUACCGGGAUCCUUUUGUCUUACCUAGCCAAGCCUCUCAGAAACGUGCUGCCAUGCUGUGCAGAAAGAGAUUUACAGCAGGAACAUUUAGUGAUCAUAUGGCUCUACUUAGAGCUUUCCAGGCAUGGCAGAAAGCAAAAAGUGAUGGAUGGGAAAGGGCAUUUUGUGAGAAGAAUUUUCUUUCUCAGGCCACAAUGGAAAUUAUCAUCGGACUGAGGACACAGCUCCUGGGUCAGCUUAGAGCUUCAGGUUUUGUAAGGGCUCGUGGAGGAGGAGAUAUACGGGACGUUAAUAUAAACUCUGAAAAUUGGGCUGUGGUGAAGGCUGCCCUGUUGUCUGGCAUGUAUCCAAACUUAAUACAUGUGGACAGAGAAAAUAUGGUACUAAGUGGUGUAAAGGAAAAGCGUGUGAGGUUCCACCCUAGCUCUGCAUUAAGUGAGCCACAGUACAAAAAGAUCCCUUCUGCAAAUUGUCAGGCGGAAGCUGUUCAAGCAUUGCCUACAGACUGGCUUGUGUAUGAUGAGAUGACCCGUUCCCAUAGAAUUGCAAAUAUUAAGUGCUGUUCAGUGGUUACUCCAGUGACUGCAGUGUUAUUUGCAGGACCUGCAAGACUUCCCAGCAGUGCUUUGAAGGAGCCGUCUUCUUUCCAAGUUGGCGAUGGUAUACCAAAUGACAGUAGUGACAGUGAAAUGGAGGACAGGAACACGUUCACUCUAGCAACACUUAAACUGGAUGAAUGGCUGCAUUUCAGAUUGGACCCUGAGGCUGCUGGACUUUUAUUUCAACUUCGGCAGAAAUGGCAGAGCUUAUUUCUUAGGCGAAUUCAAGCACCGUCAAAACCUUGGUCUCAAGUUGAUGAAGCCACCAUUAGAGUAAUUAUAGCUGUUCUAAACACAGAAGAGCAAUCAGCUGGUUUGCAGCAACCUUCCGGGAUUGGACAAAGACCAAGGACAUUGAAUUGUGAAGACCAUCUGUUAACUUCUGGGAGGAUUAAUAAUAGUCAGAAGAAUUUCACAGAGGCAGAGUCACUAGAUGAUCCAUCCAGUUUAGACAGAAUUGCUCCACCGUCAGCCUUCAGUCCACAGGCAAAAUAUAAAGAGAAGGGGAAUUCGCUGCAUAAAUGGCCUGAAGACAAAUCUGAUCUGUCAUCAGUGAAAUACAAAUUAUCGGAUAACAGUAGCCAUCCCAGUCCCUGUGAAAGUCCUUCCCCUUCAUCCUCUGCAAAGGGCUCAAACUCACCAUCCCCCAGACAAACAAUAUUUGUGCGAUACUUCAUCAUGAAGAGCAGCAACCUUAGAAAUCUUGAAAUUUCACAGCAGAAGGGAAUAUGGUCCACAACACCGAGCAAUGAGCGCAAAUUAAACCAAGCCUUUUGGGAGAGCAGCACAGUUUACUUGGUGUUCUCUGUUCAAGGUUCGGGCCACUUUCAGGGCUUUGCAAGAAUGACUUCAGAGAUUGGGCGAGAGAAAAGUCAGGACUGGGGCUCCACAAGCCUUGGGGGUGUGUUUAAAGUGGAAUGGAUAAGAAAAGAAAGCCUACCUUUUCAGCAGGCUCAUCACUUGCUUAACCCAUGGAAUGAUAAUAAAAAAGUUCAAAUCAGCCGUGACGGGCAGGAACUUGAGACACUUGUUGGAGAACAGUUGCUUCUGUUGUGGGACAGAGUUCCUUUGACAAGCAAAAGUAUUCCUUAGUCAUAGUGACCCUGUUAAUACUGGCUGCUGCAGAAUUUUAUUUUUGGUCAUCGGAAGUGAGGAGGAUUAUCAAUGCACAAAACAUCUAUGGAUUAAACACUUCAAGAUUGAUUGUUUUAAUUUGUCUGUAAUAAAUACACUUUUAAAAAUUCAA